GAAUACAAAUUAUCGUCACUUUGUACAUAUUAGUAAUUUUCGUAAAUACUUCAAUAUUUUCUCUCAUUGUUCCAUUAUUUCUCAGUACGCAUCUCUCUUUCUUGCCUUUACUUUAUUGUCGCUUUUAAGCCUUCAAUUUGCUCAUAAUACCAAAACAACAACAAGAAGAAACCCCUAAUAAUGUCUUCGGAUCAUCGCAUAUCGACGACGAAAGAUCCACCGGAACAUCCAUCUUCUUCCUCCAACCACCAGAAGCAGCCGCUUCCUCCUCAACUGCAACCGCAGCAACCGCUUAGCCGCUACGAGUCACAGAAACGCCGUGAUUGGAACACGUUCAUCCAAUACCUAAAAUCGCAGAAUCCACCGUUGUUGAUGUCCCAGUUCAAUUACACGCACGUGCUAUGCUUCCUCAGGUACUUAGAUCAGUUUGGUAAAACCAAAGUACAUGAACAAGCUUGUGUCUUCUUCGGACAACCCGAUCCACCAGGAGCGUGCACGUGUCCUCUCAAACAGGCUUGGGGAAGCUUAGAUGCUUUGAUUGGACGGUUGAGAGCUGCUUACGAGGAACACGGUGGCGGGUCACCUGAUACUAACCCGUUUGCAAACGGAUCGAUCCGGGUUCACUUGAGGGAAGUGAGAGAAUCUCAAGCCAAGGCUCGUGGAAUUUCGUACAGGAAGAAGAAGAGGAGAAAGAUCAAAAACGACGCAGUUGUUGUCAAGAAGGAUGUUGCAAACUCUUUGUCUACUCAUAAUUAGUCGUCCACUUGAUAAUUUUUCAUAUAAAUCUUUUCAAUAGGAGGUAAGACAUGGGGACGAGGUUUGUUCCGCUAGGCACCAUCAAUGGAGUUCCUCUCUCUUUGCAGCUUGAUUUGAAGAUGAUGAGUGAAAGUUUCCAAGAGGAGUUUCUUGGUAGCGGUGGAGGCGACUCAGUUGUGGGGUAUAGUCUAAAUCAAUCGAAACACUGAUUCUGAAUCGGUGAAAUCGGUCUAUCCAUAUAGAGCUCGCUCUACCCAUAUUUAUCUUUUCUUCUUGUACUUCUGAUAUGGUUGUUUUGAAGUCAUACUUAGGUGGUGGUGGUUCGUUUUGUUUGCAAAUUAGAACUUCUCCUGUUUGGAAGCGGCAUGCAAAGUAAGAGUUCUUUAGUUCUCUGGCCGCAAGUGGUUGUAGUCUACGUGGUGUCCGUUUUGGCGGGAAGAUUUUGGCAGAUUUGUCGGUUUUGGUGUUUUAAUUUUAUUCUUUUACGAAUUUGGUUACUCUCUUUUUAGAUUAUCAACCUUUCUAAUUAGAUUUUAACAUUGUAGUGUCUUUCUUUAUUUUUUUCAUUAUUUUCAUUUUCUUUUAAAAUUUAUAUUCGUGUAUGUUUAAAAAAGAAAUUUUUUUUUAAAACCUUUUUAAAAGGUUAUGUGAUAUUUAAUAGUUGAUUCUAAAUUAAGAGUGGAGAUAUUAUGUUACUGAAACUUAUAUUUUACUAGGUCCUUGUCCGCGCUACGCGCGAAUAGUAUUUUGAUUUUUUUUUAUAUUUUUAUACUAUUAUGUCAAUUUUUUAGUUUUA